CUCCGAUUUAUUCUUUUCGCGCUCGUUGCUGGGUCCCCAAACCAACGGGCAGCUCAACAGCAACCCUGCGAUCGAUACCCGGUGAACCAUCCUUCCCCGCGCGAAACAUAUGCGACGGUUUGCUUUCCGGCCGCCCCUGGAAGACGCGUCUUUGUUCCGAUACCCGCAACUUCUUUCACUGCAGCUCUUCCGACGACCAUGCGCUGAAGAGGUUCUUUUGGGUUAUUGAUUUCUUUUUGCGCUGUGCCACUCUGCGCAUCAAUCUUCUUCCACCUCGACCGUACGGACGCGACGACAGAGCGACGCUAUCUUUGCUUGGACACCCUCAUUAUCCAUAGGCUUCAUCGCACGUCAUGAGUUUAUUCGGAGCACCGAAGCCCGCAGGGCAGACUGGGGGCCUCUUCGGCGGUGGUGGAUUCGGCAGCACGCUGGGACAGUCGACACAGCAGCAGCAGCAACCGCAGCAACAGCAGCAGGGCAGCCAGCAGCAAGGUGGUCUGAGUUUGUUUGGGCAAACGCAGAACCAGUCAAACGCCUUUGGGAACUCUUUUGCCCAGUCUCAACAGCCCCAACAGCAACAACAACAGCAGCAACAGCAACAGCAGCAGCAGCAGCAGCAGCAGAUGCCUAGCUUGUCACAGUCGCAAGCACAGCUUUCAAGCUCCCUAUGGCAACCCGGCAGGGACACACCGCAGAGCCAGAAGCCGAUACCCGAACAAAUGGCCCUCAUCUUCGAGAAGUGGAACCCCACAAACCCCAACUGCGCCUUUAAGCACUACUUCUACAACAAGGUCGACGAGGCGUCGGUCCCCUUUUACAAGCCGGGCCCUCACGAAGACCCCAAGGAAUGGGAGGAGGCGCUGCAGAAGAAGCCCGCGCCGGGCUACAUUCCUGUCCUUUGCACAGGAUUCUCGGGCGUUGCGGCGCGCCUCCAGACGCAGAAGAAGGUUGUCGGGGAGCUUAACGUGCGCCUGCAUCAGAUCAACGCCAGUCUGGACGCGAUUCUCUCGCGGCAUGACCUCGAGACGAGCGUGCGAGCGCUGGCGGCCCGCCGGCGCCACGUCGUGCUCCGCGAGCGGUGCCUCGCCCUCGCCGCGCGUGUGCAGGUGCUGCGCAACCGUGGCUACGCCCUCAGCGGCGACGAAGACGACCUGCGGCUCAAGCUGGUGGAGCUCGAGCGCAACGUGCAGGACCCCGCGCUGGCGGCGAGGGAGGAAGAGCUCUGGAGCCGGCUCAUCGUGCUCCGGGACUACGCCGACCAACUUAUGAAGGAGACCAGUAAGCCCGCGUUCGCGAGCGGCGAGGGGUUAAGCGAGGAGACGGAACACAAGACGAAGAAGGUCCUGGAAGACUACGAGAAGCAGAUUCAGCACCUUAAGAAGGAGGUCGAGUCGAUCACAAAAGCCUUUGCUGACUGGGAGAAGGAGCGGAACCCGAGUUGAGAGACUCGGCUUGGAGUUUUGAUGUCGUGGGGCAUGUCGUAUCAAGACGAUGGGAUGCGAGCGAACGCUCUUUGCGGUGUGCGGGAUAGGAUGUAUGGGUGCAAUGGUAUGAGUAUUAGGCAAUCCCGUACCAAGAAAACAAAGUGAGGGUGAGGGUUUGGAUGUGCGGCGAACCACUCCUUCACACAUGGACACGCAUCGAUCGA